AGUGCCUUCCUCUCCCGGCUUCACUCUAUUUACGGCUGACCCGCCUGUCAUGAGCGAACUGCUCAACUUUAUUCUGAAUCAUGAGGAGCAGUUUCGGAGGGCCCGAUUAGCUUCGCUCUACUCGGAUUUCCGCCACCAGCAGACGACCAACCCAGACGGAUAUAAUGCAAAUAUUGUCGCCUGGCAGACGGCGCUUGCAAAUGCAGCUCGUGCGGGUCUGAUACCGGCUCCCGGCGCUGGUAGCGACCAUUUAACACUUCGGACCGGGGAAGACUUGCUACGAGAACUAGAGACCAAAGAAUGGGGACGACCAUUGGCGCUGGGCGCAGUUAUUAACGAAGCUGUGGCUCAAAAGCAACUGUUACCGUUGCAGGAAUUCUUGACAACAACCACGAGCAUAUAUCAUAAAAGCUGGAUUGGAUCACCUUGGUCCGUGAUAUCCUGGGGUCUCAGGCAGCUAGGCGUUAUUGGGGGAGUUUCGGGCGAAGAUAAACUUUCAGUAGGGCAGUUUGCGAUUGUAGGAAACAUUGAGGAAACGGCGAGAAAAAUUCUUCAGCAAACUGUCGGCAAAGCCAGCGCCGUCGACCGGAUUUAUUCCCAAGAGAUAUUUCGGCAAGACUUUGUCGACAUUUUAGGGCCUGAUCGUCAGCUCACGGAUACAGAUUUCAGAGUUCUUUUGACAUUUCUCGCGCGGGAUAAGCGUGAGAUAGCCUUCGAUGGGCAGACAAUCAAGUUUAAAUCACCGAACGAGCAAACGCCCAGCCCGAUAACGAAAGAAGAUGCAAGCAUCGCAUCUCUCAAGGCUCUCAUUUUGUCCCUACAGACACAAGUAGAGACCCUUCAAUCACGUGUUGAAACCUCAGAUACAGCUGCCCGUCAAGCCGUCAGCGCAAAAAAUCGUGUUGCCGCUCUAUCUGCCCUGCGAUCCAAAAAAUUAGCUGAAGUCAAUCUAAAUAAGCGUUCGGAAACACUUGCCCAACUAGAGCAAGUAUAUGACAAGAUUGAGCAAGCUACUGAUCAGGUCGAAAUUGUGCGCGUAAUGGAAGCCAGCGUUGGUGUGCUCAAAGGCCUCAACAAGCAAAUUGGAGAUGUCGAUAAAGUGGAAGAUGUCGUACAUGAACUGCGCGACGAGAUGGGCAAAGUUGAUGAAGUUGGUGCUAUGAUUGCUGAUCCAGGUCUCACUGGCGUCCAUGCACCUGACGAAGCAGAUGUGGACGAGGAAUUCGAAGAGCUCGAACAGGAAGAGCGCAAGAAGAAGGAAGCAAUCGAGCAAGAACAACAACGGCAACGAGAGGAGGCCGAAGCCGAACAGACAAGGAGAAAACUGGAGGAGCUUGAUCAGUUUGUCCCAGAGUCGACGCUGCAGAAGGAUCAACCGGAUGACCGCGAUGUGAAAAAGGAGGCAUUUCGGGAGGGAGAAUAAAGCAACUACAGAGUUUCCGAACUGAAGCAAGGAAGAGGCCUUAAGAUAUGUAUCUUUUGGGGUCGGCGCGACAGUUGAUACAUUAUAUACGUUAUCUGCUUCGGAGUUACAAGCUUGGGUUCUUUGACUUUACGCGGCUAAAGUCUUACCGCGGAGUGCUAUGGGUCUGUUCGGUCUGCAUCAUUUCUUCAAACAAAGGGAGUAUAGUUAGAACGCGAGAGAUAAUUUUGUUUUAUACCAGUAAUGUUGUACUAAGAUUUGUCCUGUUCCAGUAGAGAGAUAAUUUAAGAUAUGCCUGCGCC